AAAAAAAAGAAAAAAAAGAAAAAGAAGUCACGCCUUUCUCACUAAUUUCCCCUCAGCGGCAACUGCCAACAUACUUCGAACCACCCCCAUUUCCUCAUCAUAAAUCCACUGUACUUCUUUCUUCUUCACUAGCUCCUCCUCCUCCUCGUUCUCAUCGAAACUCCUCCGCCGUCCUCCUCCGUCCUCCGCCAUGUCGACCGUGCACACUCCCCUCCAAUCCCCUCCUUUCCUCUCUUCUCCCCUCGACCCUCUCCGCAAACAAACCUCACAUUUUCUCUCCCUCACCACCAAGUCCCCUACCCCAAUUUCCAGAAAGCUUCCUCUUAUCUUCGCCUCCUCCGCAACUAAAUCCUCCUCCGCCGUUUCACCUCCCAAGCGCGAAAAGGAUCCCAAGAAGCGAGUCGUUAUUACCGGGAUGGGCUUGGUUUCCGUCUUUGGCAAUGAUGUUGAUGCCUACUACGAUAAAUUACUUUCCGGUGAGAGUGGUAUCACUCUCAUUGAUCGCUUUGAUGCCACCAAGUUUCCCACCAGAUUUGGUGGACAGAUUCGGGGGUUUAAAUCUGAAGGCUACAUUGAUGGGAAGAAUGAUAGGAGGCUUGAUGAUUGCUUGAGGUAUUGUAUUGUUGCUGGCAAAAAGGGCCUCGAGAAUGCCGAUCUUGGCGGUGAUAAUAUUGGAAAGAUUGAUAAAGAACGGGCUGGUGUUCUGGUUGGGACAGGCAUGGGUGGUCUUACAGUUUUCUCAGACGGUGUUCAGGCUCUGAUAGAGAAAGGUCAUAGAAAGAUUACUCCGUUCUUCAUUCCUUAUGCAAUCACAAACAUGGCAUCCGCCUUACUUGGCAUUGAUUUGGGUUUUAUGGGACCAAACUACUCAAUCUCAACUGCUUGUGCCACCUCAAACUAUUGUUUCUAUGCUGCUGCCAAUCACAUCCGUAGAGGUGAGGCUGAUUUGAUGAUAGCUGGCGGAACUGAAGCUGCCAUAAUUCCCAUUGGAUUGGGAGGUUUUGUAGCAUGCCGUGCUCUGUCUCAAAGAAAUGAUGACCCACAAACUGCCUCUAGGCCAUGGGAUAAAGAUCGUGAUGGUUUUGUUAUGGGUGAAGGUGCUGGAGUUUUGGUUAUGGAAAGCUUGGAACAUGCAAUGAAACGUGGUGCACCAAUAAUUGCCGAGUACUUGGGAGGUGCAGUGAACUGUGAUGCUUAUCAUAUGACUGAUCCACGAUCUGAUGGACUUGGUGUUUCUACAUGCAUCCAAAGUGCUCUUGAAGAUGCAGGCGUGUCACCUGAGGAGGUUAAUUAUAUAAAUGCUCAUGCAACCUCCACAAUAGUGGGUGACCUAGCUGAGGUUAAUGCUAUUAAAAAGGUGUUCAAGGACACUUCAGGAAUCAAGAUGAAUGCAACUAAGUCAAUGAUAGGGCACUGCCUUGGUGCUGCUGGUGGCCUGGAAGCUAUUGCAACCGUGAAGGCCAUUACAACUGGCUGGCUUCAUCCUACAAUAAAUCAAUUCAAUCCAGAGCCCGCAGUGGAGUUUGAUACUGUUCCAAACAAAAAACAGCAACAUGAAGUAAAUGUUGCCAUUUCUAAUUCAUUUGGAUUUGGUGGACACAACUCUGUCGUUGCGUUCUCAGCAUUCCAGCCUUAAAUCUGUCUUUUCAUACAUUUUGUUGCAAGGGCUACUUAAGCUACAUUUCGAAAUCAUUUGGAUUUGGUGGGCCGACUCUGACUUCGUCUUUCCUAUAGCCAACCCUUUAAAUCUGCUCAUCUUUAAGUCAGUAGCAUCAGCUAUCUUACUCACUAGGGUUCUCUUAGUCAUGAUUCUGCCAGCAGUGCGGGAGCGUGGAAGCAAUUUGUUCAAGACUCGUAAUUCUUCGGCAUAUGUAUUUAACCUCUCGGGAGGCUAGAGACUAGAGAUUUGUCAAUUUUGAUUUUUUUUUCUGCGCUGAGUUACAUAGAGGUUACAGGGAUAUGCUUGUUUGUUUUAAGAGGGUAACUUUUUGCAUAAUCUGUUCUUUAUCUUCCAGAUUUUCUGUCAUCUACUCUUUCCUAAAUAUUAAAAAUGGACUCAGAUUUCGCAAAGCCAAAGGGUAAUGAAUUUGACGAGGCAUUGGUUUAUGAACUGGAAGCACGAUGGUUGCAUCGUAUGUAGUAUGGACAAAAGGUUCUUCUCUCAAUUUGUCACUACCAUUUAGUUUGAGUUUUGUACAACGUGGCCUCCAAAGUAGGACGAUUUUCAUUUUUUCUUUUCUUUGCAACUCUUCUUCCCUUAGAAAAAGUUUAUUAGGCCCUAUUUGAUAAAUACAUUUAACAUUUAAAUUUAAUUGAUUAAGUGUUUAAUUGAUUGAUACUGUUUCAUAAUAAAAUCUCAUAACAACUUAAACAAAAAGUAGACUUCUUAAUAAAUUACGUGGAUUUGAAAUGCAAGUACAAAUUUGGAUAUAAAAAUAAGUGAUAGGUCGGUUACUUAUUACUGGACUGAAUUCUUGAGACA